GGUUGCCAUGGUUGAAGUACAAUUGAAUUCCGAUACAAAAGUACCUUCAGAGAUGUUAAUUGCCUUCGCCGUAUGUACUACCUUGCUGGUCGCGGUUCAUAUGUUAGCUCUAAUGAUAUCAACGUGUAUCUUACCAAACAUAGAAGCUGUAUGCAAUCUACAUAGUAUAAGUUUGGUACAUGAAUCACCACAUGAACGUUUACAUUGGUAUAUCGAAGUAGCAUGGGCAUUUUCCACUUUACUAGGACUUUUACUAUUCUUACUAGAAAUUGCUAUACUUUGUUGGGUGAAGUUUUAUGACUUUUCACAAGUGGCCGCUUGGUCCGCUUGUAUCGUAUUAAUACCAGUACUAAUAAUUUUUCUUGCAUUCGCGAUACAUUUUUAUCGAAGUUUAGUAGCUCACAAAUAUGAAGUUACAGUAUCUGGUAUAAGGGAAUUAGAGUUACUUAAAGAACAAAUAGAAUCAACUGAUGUUGAGGGUAGGAAUGGUGUGAAUUUGUUACAAAUCGCUGGUGUAACGCACGUAGUUUGAAUAUAUAAUGAGAUAUGAUUUGUGUUACUUUUAAAAUGUGAUAAUCUCUCAUAAUGGAGGAUUGUGAAUCUCUGAUUAUCUGCUCAGGCUGCAAUAUAAACUUAUACAUGUUAUAUAUAUUACAAUGCAAGAUAAAAACUAAUUCGAAAAAUUAGGGAAAAUAUCAAGAAUAACUGUAUAUAUAACAAAUUUACAUUAAAUGUGAUUUUUGAAUCACAUAAGAAAAGAUUUAAUACUUGAAAACGUAAUAACUUUGAAAGAAAACAACUAUUUCUUUCAAUAGCAAUGAUGUAUUCCUCCCUAUAUUUAUCUACAUAGUGAUGAAUUUUACACGUACUGAAAAAUAAUUUUUGAUGAAAGAAUGUGCAUAUGAAAGCCAAACAUUCCUUUUUUCGCAUAGCGACUUAAUCUAUCAAAAUAACAGUAUGCAGUAAUAUUUAUCAUAUAUGUUUCUUUAGCUAUAACUCAAAAAGCAACAAUCGCUAAUAUAAGUUUAUAUUUUUCGUUGACAAUGCGUGACUAAUUCGCGUUGAAUGUACUUAUUAUCUCGUUAUUUUUAAAAAUAUGCUUCCCGGUAUUCACAGUUUUUACGAUUUUGUUCGUUUAAUUUAUUAUUUUAUAAUUUCAUAAGACGUCCCAUGCUCAAGUGACAUUUCAAGUCUUUUACACGGAGACAAAAUAAUUUCCUGUUUUAUUGUCUCUGUUGUAUUUAUACUUGAUUGUCAAGUUACUGCCGUCGCUGAAAAAGUGGCAAUUAUAUUGUACAUACUUUUUGCGUACAAAUGAUUUAUAUAUA